AUGCCUAUUGUUCACAAAAAACCACUUGGCCCACGGGAGAAUGCUGAUUGGGAUCUGGAUCCUAUGACGCAUACGAUCGAGGAAGAGGACGAGAUGCUAGAUGGCUUAUCAUGGAUUGAUAAUGACACUGAUGUCGGGUCGAAAAGGGUAUCUUCAAACGAUACAAUAUCGGAACCUCCAACACUACACAGCGGGCGGAAUUCUGCAACUAGUAGCACUGCAGAAAUACCUCUUAUUUUGGAUCAUAGUUGCAUAGGACCAGAUGGAAUGCCCCGUGUAGACGAGCUACAUCUUUCCGAAUCCGUCCCGAUUUUACUAGACCUUCACGCCGCUAAGAAGGAACGGCCACCCCCGCCCCCCGACCCGUUUCUCUUGGAACUCCAGAAAAAAGAAAACGCUGGUUUACACGCCUUAUGCGAACAUCUCGCCGAUGUCCCGGAAGCACUUCUGGACCCAAUACAGUUCUUUGAAAAACGACUGUGGGCAUUGGUAGGAUGCCAGUGGUUGACUUUUGGGAAACAACUGCAGAGCCCUGCACAUGAUACAUUGUUACAUGCACGACCCGAAGAUGGAAGGAAGGUUUUGCACCUGCAUGGACCGGUUGCGGAUGGCUGGGUUCUUGCUGCGAAAUAUCCGAAUGCGACGUUUUACAGCGUAUCGUCGGAAGACGUUGAAUACCCCGAAGACUUGUACAGCAUGCCUUCAAAUCAUCAUCAUAUUUACACCCCCUCAGUAUCAUCACCCAUUCCGUUCCCAGACGACUAUUUUGAUGUCGUUGUUACAAGGACACUUUCGUCUGUUGUCAAAUCAUCACAAUUAGAAAGCGUAUUACGGGAAUCUUUACGAAUAUUACGGCCGGGAGGCUGGCUGGAGUUGCACACGAUAGAUCCGACAUUGACAAGGGCUGGAAAUAUCACCAAGCAUUGGAUCGAGUCCAGAGUGUUGGCACCUAUGGAGAACGACUUCUUCAGCUCUAAACCAUCAGACAGAAUCCUACACCUCAUGCAGGAUCUCGGUUACCAUAAAGUCAAGAAUGCAAGAAUUGCUUUGCCAACAUUCCCAAUAUCACGUCCAUUAUCACCAGGUGGAGGUGCUGGAGGCGAGUUGGAUGCACAAAAUGUGAUGGUUUACCUGGGCCGCCACUUUUACGAGGAGCUUUACGGGCAGUUCCUGCGAGCGGGGCACAUUGGUGCGGGCAGCCCAUCUUGGUGGUGGGAUAGUAUGGCGGUUAGGCAGGAAUGCCAACGAGAAAAUACCUGUUUUGGACUAACAAUUUCUUUUGGGAGAAAGACACGAUAG